UCCUUUGCGUAGAUAGAGAGAGAUGGCUACAUUAUCCAACGAAAUCCUACAGCAUUUUACCCAUUGUCUCCAUCCGUUAACACAAGUAUCGGCCAACACGGAGUUCCUCUGCAAAGGUUGCCGGACUCCAGGUUCCGGCACAAGGUAUCGAUGUGAACCAUGCGAUUUAAAUCUCCAUCAUCACUGUGCUGACUGCCCUAUGGAACUCUCUUCUUUUAUGCACCAACAUGGUCUCGAACUAGUUGGUCGCAAGCCAGACCAUGUGUGCUAAUUGUGUGACGACCCUGUCGAAGGACUUUUCUAUAGGUGCGAGCUAUGUGAUUUCGAUGUGCACCCUAUUUGUACACAACUACCUGAAUAUACAACGCAUGCGAUGCAUAAGGAUCAUCUUUUGUGGCUGGAAAUAUCGGUGCCCAUCGAGUGCAUGGUCUGUAAAGAUAUGUGCUCGUCGUGGCGUUAUAGAUGUAAGGAUUGCAGCUUCCAUCUUUGCCUUGGCUGUAUUUUAGCACCUUGUGAGGAGGAAACAACGAUGUCAAGGACUCGAUCGUUAGGAACACCAGCUCCACCACCACCAUCAGCUUGGCUGCCUGUUUUCGAUGCUUAUAAUUGUGGUUAUGGUUAUGGGGCCAUACCUUAUCCUCUUCAGUACAUUGCACAAACUUCUUUUCCUCCUCAUGUUCAUGGCUAUGGGGGCAUAGCUCCUCCUCCUCCUCAAUACUUUGCACCACCUCCAUUUCCUCCUCAUGUUCAUGGCUAUUGGGGCAUACCUCCUCAACAAUUUGCACAACCUUCAUUUCCUCCACAUGAUCAUGGCUAUGGAACCCCCUCUAACUAUCAUGCUCAAAGCAGUGGUAGUCAAGUUGAGGGACAUGGUGGAUUUGGAAAGGUUGGAAAGAGAAUGUACGCGAUUGUUCAGAGUUUGGCUCUUAGUGUGGUUGGCAACUUGAUAACUGGAACCUUGAUCUAA